AUGGAGGUGCAGAAGGAAGCCCAGCGCAUCAUGACCCUGUCGGUGUGGAAGAUGUACAACUCCCGCCUGCAGCGCGGCGGCCUGCGGCUGCACCGGAGCCUGCAGCUCUCGCUGGUCAUGCGGAACGCCCGGGAGGUCUAUCUCUCGGCCAAGCUGGAGGAGGACGAGGAGGGGCGGCUUGGGCCGCAGCCCUGCCUGGGGGAGGAAGGGGCCGGCCAGCCCCCACUGCAGCCCGCCGCUGCCUCCCCAGGCCCGCCGGCGCCGGAGGAGCGGGCACCCCCCGUGGACCGUGGAAACGCCCCGCGCGCAGUCGAUCCGGAGCCCAUGGAGACGCAGGACAGUAGUGGGGACUUGCCCCCGGCGGCUCCAGCGCCCGGGGCCGGUAGGCGGCCGGCGCGGGGGGUUUCGUUGCCACCCCCGGGCAAAGCCAGCAGGAAACGGCGGAGUAGCAGCUUGGACAAGCCGGGGGCCGCCGAGGCCGGGCUGGUGCCCACCAAGAAGGCCCGGCUGGAGGCGGAGGAGGAGGAGGGCGAGCGGCAGCCCCAGGGACAGGACGGCCCCUUCCCCAGCCUGGCCAAGGUCCUGCAGACCCGCUUCUCCGGGAUGCUGCGGGGCGGCCCGCCCAAGGGCCCCGAGCCCACGCCGGGCUGCCGGCCCGGGGACGGGGUACUCAGCAUACUGGUCCGAGCCGUGGUGGCCUUUUAA